AUGUUUAAAAAUUAUUGCUUUGAAACAGCACAAAUGGCUAUUUCACUUUAUGGUUGGUAUAAUAUGAGUGCCACUGUUCACAAACUAUUAGUUCACGGAGCUGACAUUAUAAAAUCCUUACCGUUACCAGUAGGGCAACUGUCAGAAGAUGUAAUUGAAAGUGCCCAUAAAGAAUACAAAACAUUAAGACAAUAUCACUCGAGAAAAACUUCUAGAAUCAAUACAAAUACUGACAUAUUUAACAGGAUGCUGAUAUCCACGGACCCUGUUGUAACAAACACUCGAAAAAAAACCAAAACAGAACCAAACAAAAUUUAA